UAUAUUCGGGCAGAAUUUAGGAGAGAGAGAGAGAGAGAGAGCGUAGGGCGCACCCUUGCCGAACAUCCAGAAAGAGCUCAAGAGAAGACAUAGAAAUAAAGAAGGAAAGAUGAAGACUUUUGCUGUCCUGGUUAUUUGUGGGGUGGUGUCCAUCUGUCUGUCUACUGGAGACUUUGCAGACCCUGAUGUCCCCUCCGCUGAGGUCGACGUCCCCGACGCUCCCGACGCUCCUGCUCCUGCCGACUCCAGUGCCUCAUCUUCUGCGUCUGACUCCAGUGCCUCCGACUCCAGUGCCUCCGAUUCUGCCUCAGACUCAGCUUCUGACUCGGCCUCUUCCUCGGCCUCUGACUCCUCGUCUGCCUCAAGCUCUGCCUCUGCCAGUGCCGAGGAGGUUCUGGUGAAGCGAGACCUGGCCUCUCAGCUCAUGAAACGGAAGAGAAGAGCAGCUGUAACUGCUGCAGCCCUGAGCCCCACGCAGCUCGAGAGUCUCAGAGAGGUCUGUGAGGUCAACCUGGCUUGUGAGCACAUGGCAGAGACAGCUGGGAUCGUGAGAGCCUACACCACAUACUAUGGGCCAGUACCCUUCUAGAGACUGACUUGUCCAUCAAGCCAUUCCCGAGAAGAAGACGCUCGCAACCCGAUCAGUGUUUGAUGCUUUUAAAUGGCAGGGAGUUUAAUGCCACAGCAGGUUUUUCGUGUUUACAGUAGGCCAAAUGCUACUUAUCUCGUGCCAUCUUAGGGUGUAGCUAAUGUAGAGUAGAGUCAGUACUUCUUAAUGCCUGUCAUAGUACUUUUUGUUUUAUUUGUGGUAGUAUGUAAACACGGCUCAUUUUUUAUUAUAAAAAUGAGAUUUUUGCUCCCACCUUGCUUCACGGUUAUUGAUAAAUUUUUGCUCCCCUGUUAGGUUUUCUUAGGAAGCAAAAAAAAAAAUCUGUUUUAAAAUAUAUUCUUAUAUGACAAUUUAUAUUUUUUUAAUAAAAAAACAGUCCUAUUCACUAAGGUGUUAAAUGACAAUUGCAAGACAAAAGGAGGAGAUGGAGGUGAUUAAGCGUGGGGGGAGGGGUGGGGGGGCUGCAACUUGAAUAUAUCCCUGUAAAGCUGCUUGAUGAAAGACCAGCCUAUAACCUCCUAGUGUUCUGGUUAAACUGAUGCCUUCAUUUGUGUCUGUAGAAUGUCCAAUUAUUACAUUAAAAGACACACUUUUGUGUAUCAUUAUCUUUCA